AUUAUAAAAACCAAAAACAGUCUAAUUAAUUGCACACUGUUGGCUUGUAGGUACGGCCAAAAUACUGAAGGUUGGCUGUAACUUGAACUUGAUUUAAACAAUCGUCGACAAAUUUCAUAAAAUACGUCCUGGUUUCAAAAGGGGAAAUGUCGUCUAAAGUUGUUUUAUUUGAAAGUACCACCCAAGAACUGGAGAAGCAGGAACUCGAGGGUGCGAGCGGAUUGGUUUUAGCAGAUUUGCAUAGUCAGUUACUCAGUAUAUAUCUGUGUAAUUUUGACUUAUGCAAUGCUAAAUUUCUUUGGAAACGAAUCUCAAAUGAAGAGAAAACUGCAUUCCCCUUACUUGGCCAAAUCUGGGAGGUAGGUCAAAAACUAUGGUUAAAAGAGCACAAUUCAGUGUUCAGCCUUCUCAGAAACACAAGUUGGCCUCCAUCAAUCGAACCUUACAUGACCUGUCUGGAAGAAAAUCUUCGGCAAAAAUCAAUUCAACUCAUAGGGAAAGCUUAUCUGUCCAUAACUUCAACCACCUUCACUGAAUUGGUUGGUUAUGUUGAUUAUCCAGAGAAUGCGGAAAAAUUACUCGCGAAGCUACAGGAAGAGCAAGGUUGGACGUGUGAUUCUGCUUCCAAAUUAAUCAUACCUAAGCGACAAGCCGCCCAAAACGUUCCGUUGAUGCGGAAUGAAGAGCAAUUGCAGAGUCUUACCCAAUUCGUCUCGUUCUUGGAAAAUUAAAUCAACUGAAUACGUUACUUAUGUUUAUACCCAAGAAAAUAAACUUGAUCGAUGAAACGGAAA